AUGGCUUACUUGCAGUUGUCUGGACUAGUCGAUUUUGUCAUCACGGAAGACUCUGAUUUAGUAGUUUUUGGCUGCGAUAGAAUUCUGUUUAAGCUUGACGCUAAUGGCAAUGGGAUGUACUACGAGAAGAACAGAUUACUUCAAACGUUUUUACCAAAAUCCAUAUCAUCAUCCCAACCUAUAAACCGUCAAUUUACAUUUUCAAAUAAACCAACUGGCUCCCCUCAAUCUUCCCCAAAUAUUACUUUUUCCCAUCCAAAAUUGAGCUCCUUUCGUUCUUCGAGAUCAUCAUUUAUUAUCUCCACAUCAAAUACUUCUGACUCCAGAAUCGGGAACAGCCCAAGAUCUAAUAUCCGAAAUAUUCACUCAUCCCAGCCAGCUGGCAAAGAAGAUAUGACAAAACAAAAUAAGAAAAUGAUUGUAACAACUCGUAGCCUCAGGUCCACAUCUUCCACCGGUAUUUUUACCUUUCACUCCCCUUCAUUGUACUCACAUCGGUCGGAAAAAGAGGAAAAAAUAGAAGAAGAUUGUAAAGAAUGCAAAGAGAUUCCUGCACCCAUUGCUAAUUCACUUCCUAACUUUAAUUUCCUUAAAUUUCAACUCAUGUGUGUUAUGUCAGGGUGUGAUUAUUUGCCUUCCUUGCCAAACAUAGGCUUAUCCCGCGCCAGAAAAUUUUUUUCCCAUCCUUCGACCCUUUCCAAUAUUUCUAAAAGCCCAUCUAACAUUGGUUCAACUCCUUCUCUCAUCUCAUCCCUAAAAUUAGGUCUGUCAAUGCCUGCUAGGUUAAGCGUAACAGGACUUAAGGUCCCAUCAUCUUACCCACCUUCUUUCGCUUCUGCCCAUCUCUCUUUCCUGUUUCAAACCGUUUUCGAUCCUCUAACCUCUAAAUUUUGCCCACUUGUGGCUAAUGUAUUAGACUUAGUGAAUAUAUUAGAGGAUCCUGAACUUGCUUUAGGGAUGAUCCAGGGGUUCGAAGAGGAUUUGAAGCUUAAAGUGACAGAAAUAUGUCCUUUUUGGGAACUAAUACCACCAUCCGAAAACACUUUAAAUCGCAGUGGCACGGAUUGUAAUGAUGUUGCUAUGACUAAAAGCUUGACCGAAAAGCAUUUAUUAAACUUGAAUCACUCAGGCAAGCAACCAAAUUUAAAUUCUGAACGCGGCAAGAGUAUGAUAAAUAAAAUUAUUCAUUCUGGGGAAUUUGCCAGGGAUUUGGCAGUCGGUAAUAUAGAUGUAACGAACCCCGAUUUGCCCAUCGUUGAACAUUACGAUGCAAAGUCAUAUUGGGCAAAAUUUAUAAAAGGGCUUGAUAAAAAAAGGAAAAAAAUGAUAAAUUAUUCUAAUAAAGACGUGAAUCUCGAUGUUUGUAUAUUUAAAUUUGUAGACGAAAGACACAAAGCGAUUAAUGAAAUUUCGACAAAUGAAGAUAAGUGUAAGCGGACUAGUUAUGAUAACUUAGAAAUACCCUCUUCCAAUGAUUCAGGAAUUAUAACGGAUACAUCCGAAUCGCCGCUGACCCCUAAUAAUAUCUCCACUGAGAUCUUAAAAAAUGAAAAAAAGACAGACGAAACUCUCGAUCCCCUCAAAGGGGACCUAUUAAAAUAUGGUAAAAUUAGACAUGUCAGCAAAUACUUUUCGUCGAGUGAACCACCCAUCAUGCCUCCCGUUAUUGGAAGAGUUUUAUCUAGUGAUGUAAACGACAAAAAUAAAUCGCCACAAAAGAUCCCCGGUACGAUGGUAGACUGUGGAUCAGCGUCUGCGGAUUAUAAAGAAAAUAUUCCUCCCUGCAAAUUAUCUACCAUCAAAACUAUGUCGAAAAGCGAAUCGAUUGAAGAUAUCGAUGAUGGGAAAUCUGACGAAAAAGUUGAUGAUUGUGACAAAAGUCAGAUAAUUAUUCUCCCCGACGAAGCGAGCGAUUCCAUUAAGAGGAGACGCGUUUUAUCGACCAACAUAUUUAAAGUGAAACCUAGGCUUCCAAAUUCCGUUAAAAAUUUCAACUCCGCUUUGCGAAAAACUAUAUCAUCUACAGCGACUUCAGAUUUCUUCAAUUUAGAGAAGUUUAGAUACAAUAAACCCGAUUACCAAACACCCACCCAGACAUAUAAAGCAUUAUCCAAAUCGGUGACUAACAAUACCAAAUCCAAAAAAUGCCUCAAACAAACUAACAACGAGAAGGUUAAACAAAUGAGUCGAAAUAAGUAUGUGAGCGAGAGCAAAUCAAGAAUCGAAAAAUCUAAAGCACAAACCAAAGAUUCCUCCGAAAUCAUAAAUUCCCAUUCAAUCAUUCAUGAUUAUGAACAAACGACUCCCCCUAAAAGGAUUUGUCGCCCCCAGCAUAAACCACGUGACUCAUACAAAACUAUGCAAGAUACAUCUCCUAAAUUUGAUAUGACUCAAACUAACGCGAUUAUCUACCAAAGACAAAAUGUUGACUCAUCUUUAGUGUAUCAGAAUAUUAAAAAUAGGUUGUCCAAGUUUAAAUUCAACCAUACCACAUAA